AUGAGGUUCCCAGGCGUCUUCGCCACUAUCUGCAGCAUAUGCAUCCUCCUCAGGGCCACCACAGCGCUACCAUCCGCCGCUGACUUCGCCCGCGGCCUCUCCAAGCGUUGGUUCGGUGUCUCAGGUUUGUGGACGAAUAUUCUCACCGUCGUGCAGCCGUGGCCAGUCAAGGUCGACAAGGCAGGCAUAGCAGUACAGCAACUUCGAUACUGCUACUCUAGCCAAGCAGAUUACAAGACCCUUCACAACAUCGUACAACAGGCCGUCAAGAUCUACAAUCCUACGAUCAAGGAGAAUCAGAAGAACGGUAUAGCACAGUCAGCGUGGCAUAAAUUGAAAUAUGCACGAAUUGGCUCUAAACCGAACGCUAAUGGAGAAGUCGUCGAUGUUGCGCAUGCUGAUCGUGUACGCAUGGCUCAUGAGCUCGGACAUGCUCUGGGGCUGGAUCACGAAUUCCAAAGACAAGACAAGGACCAAUACAUUAAGUUCAACUGUCAGAAUCUCAACGACUACCAAGCCAUCAAGAAUGUCAUCGGCAAAAAGGAUACAUCCAAGGGCUACAAGGCAGGCGACACCAUGAAGCGCCUUGGAUUCCAUGGCGCCAUCCAGUAUCUCAAAGAGAAGGAAGGUCAUAUCGGCCAACUUCAACGCUCUUACAAAUUCGACUACGCCUCCAUCAUGAUGUACGGCUCCUACGACGGCUCGGCCUUGGCCUCGGCCGCUGAUUUCCCGAAAGGUGCCGUCCUCGAAGGCAUAGGAAAGGGAAAGGGCGCAGCUAAUUUUCGUGUGCACAUGGGUGGCAAGGAGCCUAGGCUCGUCACAGCGAUUUCCGAGGGCGAUAAGGCUAGGAUCGCACAGCUGUAUCCGUGGCGAAAUCAUGAGGGUCAGUUGAUGGGGAAGUUUAGUGGGGAUUGGCAAGGGGUGCCGAUGAAGGUUGGAGGCCCGUCUUAG